AAACUUCGUAUUGACGUUCGUUGAAAUUAUGAAGGUUGAAAAAAUUACAUAAAAUUUUAUCAAAACAUUUGGUGGUUUUUUUUUCAUUCCUUAAGUGUCAUCGCAUAAUAUCAAAUCAUGCUUCGUCGCUUGAUUGCUCCUGGAGGUUCAAUGGUUGCUGCCGCUGGUGUAAUUGUCAAAAAUGAAGAAUCAGCUGAUGGUAAAAAGGAGAAAAGUUUUAUCUGCAGACCAAGUGACUUACCGAUCUAUACACCUCAUGUUGAGAGCAAACCUAAGGCCGAACAUAAACCCUCAAAAAUUGCCCAAACAAUUGAGGAAGGUGUUAGCGUCGUACGAAAGGAAGUGACCAAAGUAACUGAUGUGUAUGAGAAUCAAAAAGCUAAUCUUGAUCGAUAUUAUGUUAAAGCUUUGAAAGACACACAACACAUCAGAAAUUAUUUACAAGAAGAAGAUAAUACACUUCCAAGAGUAGGAGCAAUUGCUGUCGGUUCUUUAGCUGGUGUUGUUUUUGGCAUUCGAGGAGGAUUCUUCAAACGUCUUUUCUAUGCAACGGUUAGUGGUUCAGCUGUUGCCGUAGUUUGCUAUCCUCGUGAGGCUAAAAAGUACGCAACUGUUGCAUAUAACUUCGCAUAUGGAAUCAAACCUGGUGAUGAACGUCAAAAAACUCUUCCUAAGUUCCCAACAUCAUUCGGAGAAGUCAAAGAUAAUGUUGUUGAUCUUUCGUCGAAGGCUUACAAUGCAGCAUUUGGGAGUCAAAAGUAAUUAAAUCUACUCCGAUCUUAAAUUGUGUUAAAUGAUUCAAUGCAAAAUGAACUUUAAGAUGAAAAAAAAGAAACAAGAAUAAAGAAUAGAAAAAAGAAUGAUAAAGAUUCAAAAUUUCAGUCAUCAAAACCAA